UCUGGGCAGUCAGAGACCAACGGAAAAUGGUAGCGAUGGCGGCUGGGCCGGGCGACUGGCUUGGGCCGGCGUUUGGGCUGCGGUUGCUGUUGGCGUCUGUGCUUCACGCGGUGUCGGUGAUUGGGGCAGAGUUUUCAUCCGAGGCUUGCAGAGAGUUAGGCUUCUCCAGCAACUUGCUCUGCAGCUCCUGUGAUCUUCUUGGACAGUUCAACCUGCUUCAGCUGGAUCCAGACUGUAAAGGAUGCUGUCAGGAAGAAGCACAAUUUGAAACCAAAAAGCUGUAUGCAGGAGCUAUUCUUGAAGUCUGUGGAUGAAAAUUGGGGAGGUUCCCUCAAGUCCAAGCUUUCGUCAGGAGUGAUAAACCCAAACUAUUCAGAGGACUACAAAUCAAGUAUGUUCGUGGUUCAGACCCUGUACUAAAGCUUUUGGAUGACAGUGGGAACAUUGCUGAAGAACUGAGCAUCCUCAAAUGGAACACAGACAGUGUAGAAGAAUUCCUGAGUGAAAAGUUGGAGCGCAUAUAAAUCUUGAUUAAAUUGUGUCCUGUCCUUCUGUUACCUUAUCAAAUGAAAUAUUGCAGCACCUAGAAAAUAAUUUAGUUGUGCUUCCAUCCUUUGAUCAAUCUUUUACUGCGAGGCACUAAACAUCUAAUUAAAAGUUGAAGUGGCAGCACAGCCCAUUCUAACUAAGGAAAUGACAAGCUUAACAAGUCAUUUUUUUAUAAAUUUCUAUCCUUCUACAUUUGUUGAUACCACUAACAAAAUGCAUUGUAAUAGUCUUUAGGUUAAUUAUGCAAAUGAUAGUUUGUGAUAAUUGGUCCAGUUUUACAAACAACAGAUUUUUAAAUUAGGGAGGUUAAUAAGGGAGAUGAUUACUACUAUGCCUCAUGUGCUAUGUGCUCUUUGAAAGUAAUGACAGAAAACUACAAAGCAAGUAAGAUAUACCGAGCCUCAGCAGAUUGCUUGAUCCUCAGAUUCUUUCGUAUUUUUAUUACCCAACUUUCAUUUUAAUGCUAUAGUUUAUAAUGAAUGCACUGCAUAAAAACUUUAUGGCUUCGUUAUUGUGAAACAGAUUCAAGAUCUAAAAUGAGUGAAACAUUCACAAAGAUUUGCAUUAAUGAAGACUACAUAGAAAACCUUUUGAGGAUUUGUGUGGAUCUGAUGUUUAGCAAAUUUUUGUGCUUUACAUUAUUACAGAAAAGUGAAUUUUAAAAUGAUAUUUGUAAGACCAAAAUAUAAAUAAAAAGUUUCAAAAACUAUCUGAA